AUGAAACUGCAGGCGCCAAAGUCCAGUCCAGCACUGCCGUUCCUCCCUUCUCAUCUGGUAAUUACCUGGGACACAGCUGGAAUAGGAGUGUAUCUGGAUCAUAACGAGUUCAGCUGUUCGAUCUGUCUGGAUCCACUGAAGGAUCCAGUAACUGUUCCCUGUGGACACAAUUACUGUAUGGAGUGUAUCAAGGGCUACUGGGAUCAGGACGAUCAGAGAAGAGUUUACCACUGUCCCCAGUGCAGAGAAGCCUUCAGUCCAAGACCAGUUUUAAAGAAAAACACACUUAUUGCAGAAAUGUUCGAGAGACUAAAGAAGACUGGAUUCAAGGCUCUUCCAGCUGCUCAGAAUCCCAAAUAUGUCAAGUGUGAUCUGUGUACAACUCAAAAACAGGAAGCCAUCAAGUCCUGCCUACAGUGUGUGGCCUCUUACUGUGACACCCAUAUCCAGCCUCACUAUGAGUCUGCUGGCUUUAUGGAACACAAACUGGUCAAAGCCUCCAUGGAGAACUUCUGCACUGAUCACGGCAGAUGGUUGGAUGUUUACUGCACAGACGACCAGCAAUGUAUCUGUUAUCUGUGCAUGACAGACAGACACAAGGGCCAUCAUACCAUUUUGGCCGAAUCAGAGUGGACGAGCAAACAGGUCGAGCUGAAGGACAAACAGAGCACAUACCAGCAGCAGCUCAAAGAGAGAGAGAAGCAGGUGCAGGAGCUGAACCAGGUUGUGACGUCUCUCAAGUUCCUGGCACAGGUUGCAGUGAGGGACAGUGAGAGGAUCUUUAACGAAAUGAUUCAGUUCAUUGAGAAAAAACGCUCUGAGGUGGCAGAGGUCAUCAGAAGCCGAGAGAAAGCUGAACUGAGUCGUGCUGAAGAAACCCUGGCUCAGCUGGAGAGGGAAAUUGCUGAGCUGAAGAAAAGAGAUGCUCAGAUAGAGAAGCUUUCACAAACAGAAAAUAUGUUUCAGUUCUUACAGGGUUUCCAGCCUUUGUGCAAACCACUUCAGUUGGAAAACCUACGAGAAACCGCAGCCAGUCCAGUGCUCUCCUUUGGGCAUGUGCCCAAAUCAGUCCUGGAAUUAAAAGAGCGAUUGGAGAAACUCUGUGGGCAAGAAAUGAAAAGAAUUUCUGAAAACGAGCAAUGGAAGCCACUGAACCCAGAGGCGAGGAAGAAAUAUGAUCGCGAGUUCUUGUUGGGAUUUCAGUUCAUCAGCGCCAGCAUGCACAAACCAGAGGGCCUGCCACACAUCAGUGAUGUUGUUUUAGACAAGGCAGCCAGUAUAGGUAGUCCAAGGCAGUUUGGUCAGGGUCAGCGUAAAGAACCACAUGAAAUCCUUCCCCCCGUUUCUCAGAACGAUGAUGUUCAGCUGAACAAGUCGGAGAAUGCCUGGAAACCGUCGGUCAGACAAGGCAGAGCAGGUGAGGAGGAGGAUGCAGAGGCAGCAAAGACUCAGAAGAUUUUCAGACGUGUGCGGAGUGUUCUGAACAGACUCAUGCCGCAGACCUUCCAGCCCCUGAUGAAGCAGGUGACUGAACUGACCAUUGACACAGAGGAGAGGCUGAAAGGAGUCAUAGACCUCAUCUUUGAGAAAGCCAUCUCUGAACCCAACUUCUCUGUUGCCUACGCCAACAUGUGCCGCUGCCUUAUGGGGCUGAAAGUGCCCACAGCCGAUAAACCAGGAGCGACUGUAAAUUUCAGGAAGCUCCUGUUGAACCGCUGUCAGAAGGAAUUCGAGAAGGAUAAGGAUGACGAUGAAACCUUUGAAAAGAAACAGCAAGAGCUGGAUGCUGCCUCUGGGGAGGAGGAGAGACAGCGCCUGAUGGAGGAGCUGGAGGAAGCCAAAGACAAGGCUCGGAGACGGUCGUUAGGCAGCAUUAAGUUUAUUGGUGAGCUGUUUAAGUUGAAGAUUCUGACUGAGCCAAUCAUGCAUGACUGUAUUGUCAAACUGCUGAAGAACCACGAUGAGAAGAGUUUAGAGUGCCUCUGUAGACUGCUCUCCACCAUCGGCAAGGACCUGGACUUUGAGAAGGCCAAGCCACGCAUGGAUCAGUACUUUAAUCAGAUGGAGAAGAUUAUAAAGGAGAGAAAAACCUCCUCAAGAAUCCGCUUCAUGCUCCAAGACGUGCUGGAUUUGAGACGGUGUAACUGGGUUCCCAGGCAUACUGACCCAGGCCCUAAAAUUACUGAACAGGUCCAUAAGGAACUGCAGGAGCACAGGAGGCAAAUUAACGUCCAGCGGCAGCUCCUCUCCAAAAAGCAGAGCCAGGGAGGUAUGAGAGGAGGUGGAGGAGGAGGACCGAGGCCAAAUGGAGGAGGACAGGAGCCUGAUGAAGGCUGGAACACAGUCCUCAUCUCUAAGAACAGACCAAUCGACACAACAUGUCUCAGCAAGAUCACCAAGCCAGGAGCACUAGACUUCAAUAACCAGCUUCUUGCCCCAGGGGGUAAGGGGACAUGGGGCAGCUGGGGUAAAGGCAGCAGUGGAGGCCCAGGAGGAGGUGGGGAAGGAGGUCCAAGGCCAAAUGGAGGAGGACAGGGGCCUGAUGAAGGCUGGAACACAGUCCCCAUCUCUAAGAACAGACCAAUCGACACAACACGUCUCAGCAAGAUCACCAAGUUUAGGAUUCGAGACCCGAAUCAGGGAGGCAGAGAUAUUACAGAGGAGAUAAUGUCAGAUGGCCGAAGUGUCUCUACAUCCACACCUCCACAGUUUAGGAUUCGAGACCCGAAUCAGGGAGGCAGAGAUAUUACAGAGGAGAUAAUGUCAGAUGGCCGAAGUGUCUCUACAUCCACACCUCCACAGUUUAGGAUUCGAGACCCGAAUCAGGGAGGCAGAGAUAUUACAGAGGAGAUAAUGUCAGAUGGCCGAAGUGUCUCUACAUCCACACCUCCACAGUUUAGGAUUCGAGACCCGAAUCAGGGAGGCAGAGAUAUUACAGAGGAGAUGAUGUCAGAUGGCCGAAGUGUCUCUACAUCCACACCUCCACAGUUUAGGAUUCGAGACCCGAAUCAGGGAGGCAGAGAUAUUACAGAGGAGAUAAUGUCAGAUGGCCGAAGUGUCUCUACAUCCACACCUCCACAGUUAAGGGUUCGAGACCCGAAUCAGGGAGGCAGAGAUAUGACAGAGGAGAUAAUCAGGCAGAGCAGGUGAGGAGGAUGGCUGGUCUUGAGACGUUCAGUCAGUUCCUCUACUGGCCUCCAGAGGGAGGUAUAACCCACUAGAGAGCUUCAGAGGAUGCAUCCGACAGUUGUUAUAACCUGCACCUGUGUG